AUGUCGGAAAGAACAAUGAGACGGCAAGUACUGUUGUUUCUCUCGGUGCUCUGUCUCAGCUACGUGGUCGGGCAGGUCAGCUACUCCAUCCCCGAAGAAAUGGCCAAAGGCUCUCUGGUUGGUAACAUAGCGCACGAUUUAGGUUUGGAUCUUAAACGGUUAAAAUCAGGCAAAGCUCGGGUGUAUACGGGCGGCGGUGCACAGUACAUCGGGCUGAAUAAAGAACGCGGAGUCCUCCUUAUACAAGAGAGGAUAGACAGAGAGGCUUUAUGUGGAGAGACGACGCCUUGUGCGUUACAUUUCCAGUUAAUUCUGGAAAAUCCAAUGGAGUUGUUCCGUGUUACUGUGGAGAUUACAGAUAUAAACGACAAUACUCCUAGUUUUACAAACGCAGAAAAACGCUUUGAAAUUAGCGAGUCCGCCGCCCUAGGAUCGAAAUUCGUUUUAGAGAAAGCUAUUGAUUCCGACAUCGGUAUUAAUGGCUUACAACAAUACGCACUUACUCCAACAGAUAACUUUGCAUUGAAACUAGAAAACCAGGCAGACGGGAGUAAAAAGGCAGAGAUGGUGCUGCAGAAGCCUCUGGAUCGAGAAAAGCAGAAUCACAUUUCGUUGUUACUCACUGCAAUAGAUGGGGGAGAGCCGCGGAUGUCAGGGACAAUGCAGAUAUUUAUCAAUGUGUUGGAUGCGAACGACAACGCACCCACAUUCGCUAAACCUCUGUACAAAGCAAAAAUACUCGAGAAUUCUCCAAAAGGCACCAGCGUAACGACUGUCAGUGCCUCUGAUAAAGAUAUUGGCUCGAACGGAGAAUUAUCAUAUCUGAUAUCUCCCAGUAAACGGCAUUUAUGUGAAUUAUUUAAGAUUGACUCGAAAAGUGGGGAAAUUGUCCUAAUCGGUGAAAUAGAUUAUGAAAAAGCAAAUGUUUAUCAGAUCGAUAUUGAGGUUACAGACAGCGGGGGGCUCUAUGAUUCCACGAAGGUGAUAGUUGACGUUAUUGAUAUAAAUGACAAUAAUCCUCACAUAAACAUUGUUUCUCAAUCUGAAUCUAUUUUUGAGGACUUGCCUCCAAACACUGUAAUUGCAAUGUUGAGCAUAAGUGACCCAGAUUCGGAGAAUAAUGGAAAAGUGCAGUGUAACAUAGACAAUAACAUUCCUUUCAAAAUACAAACAACACUAAAUGGAUUUUAUACCUUGAUUACAGAGGUCGCUUUAGACAGAGAGCUCGCUUCUCGAUAUAAUAUCACAGUGACCUGCUCUGAUGAGGGCGUGCCCUCCCUCUCAAGCAGCGUCACUCUCACCUUACAGAUUUCUGACGUAAAUGACAACGCGCCUGUCUUUGAGAGGAGCUCAUAUGAGGCCUACAUUGUAGAAAACAACACUCCAGGUCUCUCUGUAUUCACAGUGAAAGCCAGAGACGCUGACUGGAACCAGAAUGCCCGUGUUUCUUACAUACUGGAGGACUCCUCUGUUAACGGAGUGCCAGUCUCCUCGUAUGUGUCCGUUAGUGCUGAUAAUGGAGUCAUCCACGCAGUGCGCUCGUUUGACUACGAGCAGAUCAAAGAUUUUCACUUCCGAGUCAAAGCCCAGGAUGGAGGAUCUCCUCCACUCAGUAGUAACGUGACUGUGAAAAUACUGAUCCAGGACCAGAACGACAACCCCCCUCAGGUUCUGUACCCAGUCCAGACUGGUGGCUCUCUGGUGGCUGAACUGGUGCCUCGUUCAGCAGAUGUGGGCUAUCUGGUCACUAAAGUGGUGGCUGUGGAUGUGGACUCUGGACAGAAUGCCUGGCUCUCCUAUAAACUGCAGAAAGCCACAGACAGGGCGCUGUUUGAAGUGGGCUCACAAAAUGGAGAAAUAAGAACUAUCCGCCAAGUCACUGAUAAAGACGCAGUGAAACAAAGACUGAGUGUUAUAGUGGAGGACAACGGGCAGCCCUCUCGUUCCGCUACAGUCGUUGUUAACGUGGCGGUGGCGGACAGCUUCCCGGAAGUGCUGUCGGAGUUCACUGACUUUACGCACGACAAGGAGUACAACGACAACCUGACUUUUUACUUAGUGUUGGCUCUGGCUGUAGUUUCCUUCCUCUUCAUCACGUGUGUAGUGGUUAUUAUCUCAGUGAAAAUCUACAGAUGGAGACAGUCUCGCGUCCUGUAUCACUCCAAUCUCCCUGUGAUUCCAUAUUAUCCACCACGUUACUCAGACACUUUGGGGACAGGGACUCUCCAACACGUGUACAAUUACGAGGUGUGCAGGACGACUGACUCCAGAAAGAGUGACUGUAAGUUCAGCGGAGCUGGUAGUCAGAACGUGCUGAUAAUGGACCCCAGUUCUACAGGGACGAUGCAGCGGAUACAGAGUGAAAAAAACAUCCUUGACGAACCAGACUCUCCUCUAGAGGUUAGUUAA